AAACGUGCAAGACCACCACCAAAGAAACGUGCAAGACAACUAUUGAAGAAACGUACAAAACCACCCACCAGAGAAAUAUGCGAGACUACCCAUCAAGAAGAAAAUCUAACAGUGGCACCAACGACAACACCAACUAUAAUAUGCAAGAUUACUACCAAAGAAACUUGCAAGACCACCUACCAAGAAAAAAAUCUAACG